ACUUCGAAAUGGCGCGAUAUUACGAAAUGUCUGUUAGUGAUUUAUGAUGUUCAAGUGUUUGCCAAUCAUAGGACCUUGUGGUCGACAUAUAGAUCAUAUUGAUCGACGUCAUUCAAAGCUUGAACAAGUUCCAGAUGAUGUAAUAAGAAAUUUUCGUACUUUAGAAGAGUGUCGUUUAGAUGCCAAUCAAAUCAAGGAAUUACCAAAGAACUUUUUCCGCCUGAAGCGCAUUCGUCUCCUCACACUGAGUGACAAUGAGUUAACACGCUUGCCAACUGGAAUUGGCAGCUUCUCUAAUCUUGUGGAGUUGGACAUUAGUAGAAAUGAUAUAUCUGAGCUUCCUGCUAGUAUUCGGUUCUGUGAUUCUUUACAGAGUUUGGAUGUAAGCAAUAAUCCUUUGCAAAGCUUACCUGCUGGUUUCUGCCAGUUGCGCAAUCUUCGAGUUUUAUGUCUUAAUGAUAUUUCGAUUGCUGAGCUUCCAGAAGAAAUAGGCAGUUUACAGUUACUAGAAAAAUUAGAACUUCGUGAUAAUUGUCUCAAGUCAAUACCAGAUUCUUUCGCUGAUCUUAUUCAUUUGGAGUUUCUUGAUCUUGGUGCCAAUGAGUUUCAAGAGUUGUCUCCCGUAAUUGGUCAGCUCUCUCGAUUGAGCGAAUUAUGGAUAGAUGAUAAUGAAUUGAGAUCAUUACCUGAAGAGUUGGGAAAUCUUGGGAAUUUGCAACAGUUGGAUUUAUCAGAAAACCUUAUUUCUACUCUGCCUGAAAGCAUCUCGGGAUUAGUUUCACUGUCGGACUUAAAUUUAUCACAAAAUAGCAUAACACAUUUACCAAAUGGCUUAGGUGAUUUAGACAAGUUGAUCAUUUUAAAGCUCAACCAAAAUCGACUGUUAACAGUAACACCAACUAUAGGAAACUGUUCCAGUUUACAAGAAUUAUAUUUAACUGAAAAUUUUCUUUCUAAACUCCCGUCUUCUAUUGGCAAUUUAGUCUCCAUGUUUCAUCUGAAUGUUGAUCAAAAUCAAUUGACUGAGUUACCCUCUGAGAUUGGUCAAUGUGCAUCACUUAAUAUUUUGUCUCUUCGAGAAAAUAAUUUGCAUAGAUUACCUAAUGAAAUUGGUAAUUGUACACGUUUACGAGUUUUGGAUGUUUCUGGGAAUAGACUUGAUCGUUUACCGUUUAGUUUAUCAAGAUGCUCAUUGACAGCUUUAUGGCUUUCACAGAAUCAAUCUCAACCAGUUAUUACGUUACAAAGAGAUGUGGAUCCUGUUACUCAAGAACAGUAUCUCACAUGUUAUUUACUACCACAGGAUCAACUAGACUCACGUGUUGAAACUGAUCCAACUAUGUCGCCAUCCGAAUUAGAUAGCUUUUCUGCUUCAUUAAACGCCAACAUUAAAACAAACCAUGAUUUACUUGACAAUAUCAGUGCUGAAAUAAAUCAUACCUAUGAGCCUGCAGAUAUGCAUAUAUCAAUUCCUCAGUCAGAUCUUUCAAAACAUCGAAGUAUUUCACCAUCGAAACAUGAAUUGACUAAACCAUCGACUUCACCAUCAUCAACACUGAAUGAUAAUUCAGCAAUAACAAAUGAUCCUAAUUCAUUAAACAAUCAUCAUUCAAUUAAUUCUACAACUGAUCCAACAAAAAAUUUACCAUAUUCAAAUUCAUCUAUUAAUUCACCGUCAAAUGUAAAUGGUAAUUUAGAUUCAUCCUAUACAUCACCAAAUCAUAUAAAUAAUCUUUCUACCUCAUCUGCACAUUCAUCUCUAUCUAUGCAAACAUCUGCAUCAACUCGUGUUCAUUUCUCUGGUUCAGUUAAACCUGAUGAGAUGGAUAAAUCAGGUUCCAAAGGUUUUCCAAAAACACGUCAUCCCCGUUCCGGUAAAAAAGCUACGGAUAAUCAUCUUAUUAGUGGUAAAGAUGAUUCCAGUCAAUGCAGAAGUGCUAAUUUAUCUUCAAAUACAUUUUCUGAUGGCACCAGUUCUGCUAGUUCAUCAGAAUCUCUAAAUGAUGGAACUGCUCCAAUCUCACUGUCGGAAUCAUUAAAUCAUGAUUGGAAGUCUCCAAAACCUAUUGAUUCUAAUUUUAACUCUUCCAUUUAUCCAAAUCAAUUAAUGAAAUCGAAUGAUAAGAGUUCUGUGGUGACUAACGAUAAUCUUAUCUCCACCGUACCGACUGCCAAACCACGCAAUAAAUCUCAACAUGUUACAGAAAUGUUUGAUAAUAAACCUCAAUCUUCUAAUUUUUUCAAUGAACACCCAGCGUCAAAAUCUCCUGCAGAAAUAAGUAAACCUAAAAUUCCUAGCGAUACCGUAAUUAGGAUGGCCUCUGUAGAAGAUACUUCAGAUGCUCAUUCCACUCGUGGAUCUCCGGUGAAAAAAUUUCCCGAUACUUUGGACGUACAAGGGAAUCUUGAUGAAGAUGCGUAUAGUAGUGGAGGUGAAGAGAUUUACGUUAUUUCUAGACGAGUUGGAUUCACAGAUGAUGUGGAAGAUAAUGAAGAGAAAUCAAAUCAAAAACUUAUUCGACGUGAUACACCACAUUAUACAAAACGCGCUCGAAUUCAGUCAAAAACAGCUGAUGGGAUGGAUAGUGAAGAAGCAGUAUUGAAAAUAUUAGAAAAGUAUCGAGCCUCCGUUUCACCGAAUCCUGAUUCAAAUUCAAUUGAUUUUGACGGAGCUGUAAAACGAUUUGCCUCCCCAUUUGGUGGAUUAAGUCCUCCUGAUAUCCCAUUACAAAGUCGUGACUUGCAUUCUCCAUCAUCGUUACAUAGACAACCUCUUGUCGGUUGUCAACAAGAACAAGUUGAAGUUCACAUCCAUCGACAACCUAAUGCUGGUUUAGGUCUUAGCGUGGCUGGUGGAGUUGGGUCAAUACCAUUUCGUGGUUUAGAUCAUGGUAUAUUUGUUAGUCGAUUAAAUCCUACUGGAUUAGCUGCCACUUCAGGACUUAAACUUGGCGAUAAACUAUUAGAGGUUAAUGGUGUUAGUCUUAUCAAUGUCGAACAUAAUGUAGCUGUAUCUGCUUUACGUGCCAAUACAAAUUACUUCCGUAUUCUUGUUGGUCGUGAUAUUCAAACGUCUACGAAAGCAGACAAUUAUAAAAUUAUCCCCCCUAUGUUAUCAGGAACAAAAUUAAACCUGUCGACUCAAUCACCACAGGUUACGGGAACUAUUAAUACCAAAGAAAUACCUGAAUUUAUUCACUGUACAUUACACCGAGAUUUAAAUGGUCUAGGAUUUAGUAUUGCCGGUGGUCAAGGCUCACUUCCUCCACCAUUAGAUAAUGAAGCUAUAUAUGUUAGUAAAAUAACAGAAGGUGGAGCCGCUCAUAAACAAGGCCAACUUCGAAUUGGUGAUCAAAUUAUUAGCAUAAACGGUGUCGAUAUUAGAAACGCUCGUCACGAUGAAGCUAUUUCGUUGUUAACAAGUUCUAACGAUUCGGUAGACUUGGAAUUACUUCGUUAUAAUCCUGACAAGACCGAUAAUCUCGAUAGUCUUCCGAAAACAUCAGCUAACGGUUUUAUAACGUCAUCACCAAUUCUGACAGUUAAAAGAUCGAAUAAUCAACAAAAUACUACGAAGGUUACAGAUUUGACAAAUACAGACAGUCACAUUUCUGAGAAAUGUGAUUCUCGGGUUUACUUAUAUAGUGAAAAGGGUAUUCCUGUGGAAAGAAUUACGGUUCGAAAUGAUGGUGGACCUUUGGGUUUAGCUAUCUGCGGAGGAUCUGAUAUUAGUUGCCUUCCGUUUGGUAACAAAGAACCAGGUAUUUUUAUAUCCAAGGUAAUAGUCGAUUGUUCGCAGAUGAAUCUCAUUUCACUAUGUUCCAUGUUACACGCAGAUUUAUUUCUGUAAAGAAAUCGUGUAAUACAAAAAAGAACGCUUCGUAUGGGACUCAUCCUGUUAUAAUGAGAAAACUGAAUGCACCUAUGAAUAUAUUGUGCUUAGUCUGAUAAACUGGACGAUGAUAACUACUUUUUGUAAAUAUUUACUAAAUGUCAUAUGCUUUUGAUCUCCGACCAAGUUCAGAAAAGGCAAACUGAUUAAGAGUUUUAAUUGUUCAGAGUCGUAAUAGUACUCACAAAUUUUUUGAGGUGGCUGAACUGACCUCGGGUAGCUGAUAAACUUCGUUAACAAAAAAAAUCCAUUUACCAUAGCUCGUUCAUAUUUACAUUUAAAUUAUCAUGCGACCCCAUAUAAUCUGGCUUCUUUUACUCAAAAUGAAUGUAGAGAAAUAAACCUUAUGAAAUGGAAUGAGUUUUUCUUCGUUUUCACCAAUCAUUGCGUCAGACCAAUAUCGUGCGUUACAUCUGUACAUGUAACAUACUCCCUUCUUCAUUAGACGUAUACGAUCUGCUUAGGCAGUUGUUACUUCUUAUUUUAUCCAAACUUCCGUAAAUAAUGAAAUUUCGAGAAAACCAUGGACGAACCAUCAAUCAAAUACUAUUUGUAUUAAUUCGAGCUUUGGUGGUUGUAGAAUUAAAGGUUGACUGCAGAAAAACUGACUAGCCAGGAAUGUUUGAGUGUCAUAUUUAAGGGAUUCAUUUACUUCUUAAUUCCGUAAUCUUUACAUUGGUCAUUAUAGAUCUCCCUAGAUGGUGCAGCUCUUAAUACUGGCUUACGUAUCGGAGAUAGAGUUCUUAAAGUUAAUGGAGUCGACUUGAGGCACGCUACACAUGAUGAAGCAGUACAAGCUUUAAUCCAGCCUGUUAAAGAACUGCAAUUAGAUGUACGGAGAGAUCCUCCGCCGCCAGGGUUAAGGGUAAGUUAAACACCAAUUCUUAAUAUAUGAAAUCUGAGUCCAAAUAUUACCUUAUCAUUAUGAUGCGAUAUUUCCUUAUCAAUUCAGCGUAUCACUGUGACGAAACGACCUGGAGAACGAUAUGGACUACGUGUAACAGGUGGACUUAACACUUGUGAUAGUAACGUGAUAACUAAUUUAACAUCACAUUACUCAUCACUAGCCAAUGAUGACGGAAUAUUUGUUACAUGGGUUUCACCAGAUGGUGUCAUUGCUCGAGACGGCAGAUUGAAGCCAGGUGACAGAUUAUUGGAGGUCAACGGACAUUGGUUGAUGGGAGUUACUCUUGAUGAAGUUUUGCACGUAAGAAUUUUUCAAAUUUAACUUCAUAUUAAAUAAGUAGAUUCAUACAGAUCAGUUCUCCAAAUAAUAAAAGCCGUCUUAAAAUCAUUGGUGAGGACCAUAAUCUGAAGAAGAACCGUCUGACCUGUUUGAUCACAUUAAUUCAUGACUUUGGAUAAUAUCAUGCGUAUCUACUAAGAUAAGACGCUGUGAUCAAUUACGUCUUCAAGUUAGUAUCUGGUAACACUAACUUACCACAUACGCACUACUGCAUGAGCAAUAAUAUUUUGGUUAAAGCAGAUAAUCUAUAGAAUGAUAUGUCACUGCUUUCAUCAAUUUAAUUGCAUAAUGUUUACAUUUUACGCAAUAACCUGUUGGUUGAUGAAAACUUCAAACCAGUUAAUCAAGCGACCAGAACUCCUAUUUUAUGAUACAAAACUAGUUUUUGUCAUAAGUUAGUCAGAACCAGUUUAUUUACAUCUUGCCCGAUUUGCAGAUAAAUUUCGUACUCACAGAAAUUAUAUAUGCUAAACAUACUAUUAUUGUUAUCUGUGACAAACCCUGUAUAUCAAAGUCCAUAUGCUUAAAUCCUGAAACCGCCGUAGUCUAUGUGAAAUAUUAUCGUCCUGAGAUUCACCUGAAUAUCUGGUGAUUAGCGGUCAUAUACUUAAAACAACAGCAACAAACGAGGCAGUCCGCACAACGCAAAAACAAAUCAUGCCGAAUGAAUCACCGAUUUUUGUAGUAAUUAUCAUUGCCCCGUUUCAGUAAGUCCGGAAUUAUCAUCGUGUAUAUCUUUAUGAUGAAUGUUAAUCUGUGCUGUCUAAAAUGGAAGUGCAUAUUAUUCUUGACAGAUAUUUUGGGAAUCCAAAUCGACUCUGUCAUGUGUGGUAUGCGAUGGUCCAGUCGAAUUCGCUCUCCAGAUUAAUAAAACAAGCCAUUCAAUGAAUACUGAACCGUCUACACAUUCUCCUGCUAUGCCAUUCUCUAUCAUACGCUCCACAAUGCCAGAAAUCGCUGAUGCAUCUGUCGACGAUAAUCCUACCUCUAACUCACAAUUAGAGAAAGUAAACAGCAUCCACAGAUUGAACUCAGAGGCUGCUGUGCGUCACUAGUAUCAACUAAACUGAGUGGUGGUUGGCGCGAAUGCACUCGUGGUGAUAUUUAUAUAUACAUUUUCUCUCCAUUUCAUUACCUUCAACUAGACUUUGAACCAAUCUUUUAAAUGACAUAGUGAUUUACUCACGCUUGUUAUUUUGUUCCCUGUAAAGAGUUGUACAGCGCCUUAUUAAUUUUUUAUAAUUCCUUGCUCACAAUUUUAGUGAUGUAAGGACAAUUGUGUAUCUCCUUACAAUCGAUAGCACAUACUCCCGUGCGCUUAUGUACUUUUUUAUGUUUAAAUUUCAAUAAAAAUGUUCCGUUUGUU